UGAACGAGACACCAUAUCAGUUAAUGGCGGAAGUGUCAAAACAACAGAUAGCAACAAUGUUGCAUGUAUUCAAGCCAAAGACCGCACAAGUGGAAGGAUUGAGAUUGCUGCUUGUGUGAGGGUUGCAGAGGUUGCUCAAAUAAGAAUGAAGAGUGAGGGGAUCCCUUUCCACGUGAUAGAUCUAGCUGUUGGCGAUGAACUUGAACUUCCAAUAAAUUACUUUGACAGUUUAGGAAUUCAUUUUCUCGAAGCACAUGGAGUUACUACAUACAACGUUGAAACUAAUCAUCGUGAUGUUGUAUCUAUUAAGACUGUCAAUGACCAACCAAGUGCCUACAUUAAGGGAUUAAAACAUGGAAAAGCUCUCAUUCGGGUUUCCAUUGGCGGUAAUAUCAGGAAAUCAGACUACGUUUUGGUUUCAGUUGGGGCGCGUAUCUGUCCUCAAAACCCGGUCAUUCACACAGGAAAUUUCUUAAAUUUCAGCAUAGCAGGGGCAGAUCAUCAAAUCUCUGGUCAAUGGGUUACAUCAAACAGAAGUGUCCUAUCCGUCAAUGUGGCAUCUGGCCAAGCUAAAGGGAUCAGCCAAGGCUCAGCUCACGUUACAUUUGAAGGUCAUGGUUUGAAAUUGCAAACAAAAGUCACAGUGCUACUUGGAAACACAAUAUAUGUUGACUCUCCAAAAGAAACACUGACAAAUGUAGACGUCCCUGCUGAAGGGUAUAACUUUCCAGUAAAAUUCAGGGAGAACAAGUUUGCCGUCCCUGAGGCCAUGUUUAACUGCCAAGUAGACCCUCCGUUUAUAGGAUACGCAAAGCCACGGAUGGAUCUUGAUACUGGCAACACUUAUUGUCUUUUCUUCCCAUACUCACCAGAGCAUCUGGUUCACUCCAUGACUAUAGCAAAAGACAUGAAACCUCAUGUGUCCUUCUCCAUUAGUGCUUCACUCAAAGAAGCUCAUCAUGUUUCGGGAUCUGCAUCUGCACUUCUUAUUGGAGGGUUUUCUGUAACGGGGCCAAACAAGCUGAAUAUAGAUGCGAAUUCAAACACGACCAUCAUUUCAAUACUGGGGAACACCGAUGUUCAAAUUCACUGGCGUAACAAAGGUUGGCUAUCGAUCAGCUUGAUCAAAAGGGAAGAUUUUGGUAUCGCAGGGCAUGCACUAUACAAGGUAAUUUAUCACUUAAACCCUAUCUAUAAGUUCAGUAAUCUAAUCCACCCAUACUAG